AUGACGAGCCAAUUAUUUAGUCAAGGACUACAUUUGAUUGAAAAGUCCGAUUUUAGUCUAUUACGAUUGUACAUCGAACAGGAAGUUUCAAAUGCUAGUUUACAACAAUUGGUGGAAAAAAUCCAGAACUCGAGCGACUCGGAAACAUGUUUCUUUCCGUUCGAUAUUCCUAUUCGAUUGGACAGAUGUUAUCAGAUAUCAGAUUGCUUUACUGAGUUUAUCCUUCAUCAACAAAGACGCGCAACUAUCUUUGCACAACAAAUUAUCUAUAAGAAUGUGAGAAGUUUGUGUUGUCAUCCAAAUCAAAUCGCAAUUCGAUUUAUUUAUGAUAAACUACCACCACGACCAGAAUUUCGAGUGUCAUCCAACACUUCACAAGCUGAUCUACUUUCUCGUCCGCAUCCCAUUCGUCUGAGUGGUACUGUGAUUGCAUCAAGUGCUGUUUUGCCGUACAUACGUGGAUUAAAGUACGUAUGUCAUAGUACGUUGUGUCCUUUCAAUGAUCGAAAACGACAAAGAUUCGUUUUGUUCGAUGUUGAACAUCCACAUAGUUGCAAAGUUGGAGAAACUAUUCUAUGUGAAGGCUGCGAUUUGUUUUUAAACGAAGAUAUUAACAAACGAUGGAUUUCUGAGAAAAUUCUUAUCGCAGUGAAAAUCAAAGAACCGAAAACACCCAUUCUGGCUUCUGGAUACAGUCUUGAGAUGGAUUCUGUCUUAUCACAUACAUAUACGAUUACCGUUCGUGACGAAUAUGUUGCGCGUAUACGUCUAGGUGGCAAAUAUAACUUCAUCUGCUAUGCUAUAAAUGAUUCUCAUUCGAAUAGAGUUAUGUUUGAAACAUUACAUUGUGAAUUGAUUCAACCGUGUCGUCUUUCACUACCUGAGUCCAUUCGUCAACUACAUUACACUUUUGCACAUCGUCAUUCAUUCAGUUUUCUUAAUCUUCUCUCGACACUUUUCUGUCCGCAUAUUCAAUUGGUCAAAUAUUGCACUCACGUCAAAAUGGGUCUGAUAUUGAGUUUGGUUUCAUCAUCACUUCAUAUUCUUCUCGUCGGGAAUGAAAGUCGAGCAGCUGAUGUACUUUGCCAAACAGCACUGAAAUAUGCUGAACAUGGAAUUAUUCAUCGACAACAGUAUCCUCUAACACUGGCAUCGAUUUCAAAAACGAAACAUCGAUCAUUUAUUGUUUCUGGUGAGUUCGUUCUGUAUUUCGUUGAUUACUUGUCAGGUAUUCCUUUGGCAGCCGGUUCAAUAGCGAUCGCUUCGGAUGGAAUCACUUAUUUGGGAAGUAUUGAUAGUUUAAGUAGAGCGCAAUUAAAACAACUUCAUUUUGCAUUCGAAACCAAAACACUUAGUAUUGAAGUGAACAAAAGCGAAGAGUCUUUAAAAAUUGUCUAUAGUAUGCCAUUUAACAGUAAUAUUUGGGCUUAUCAUGAUAGUCGUUUGUGGUUACAAGCUGAUCGAGUGACUGAACCAACAAAUGAUCUGUCGCCAGCAAUAACCGAUGCGUUCAGUUUGGUGUUACCACUUGAUGAGAUCGAAUACGAAUACGAAGAAACAGUGGAGAAUUAUUUGGAUUCAAUAUUAACAAUGGACAAUCAACAAGAAUCAGUGGACCAGCAAACCAGUCAAUGGAUCGAUGAUAUUCGUAGUUUUCUCACCUAUGCUCGAACGAUGGAAAUGCCAUUGAGUUACGAAGCUGAACAGCUUCUAAAGAAAUACUUUUGUGCAUGUCGUCGGACUAAGCGUACUCUUUUUUCCUAUACUGAACUUCCAGCAACGACGACUGAUGUUUUAACUCAAGUAUGCGAAGCAAUUGCGAAGUGUAAUGCUCAUAUCGAAGCGACUGAUACGGAUAUGAUCCUUGCCAUCUAUCUAUUUGAAAUUUCCACAAUGACUCGACUGGGCUGUGAGAAUCUCGUUAAAGAUCAUUAUCGAUCGCCACCUGUGCUAACUGAUCCAAUGCUGAUCGAUGCAAUUGAACAACGUAUGAUUUUAUUUUCGCAAGAACUCAUGAUCUUCUGUGAUGAAUAUACAUCAUCGACGAAUAUCUGUUCAUGUAUACGACGGCUACUGAUCAAUAAACUUCAAUUAUACAAUGUCAAAACUGUCGAUGAACUUUGGCACUAUCUACUUCGGUUAAACGACGAAAUUUAUAAUACCAUUCUGAUCGUAAAAGAUACGCAAGAAAGUUCAAGCUCACAGAUUCUAUUAUCCAAUGAGAAUUUCAUUUUUGGUACUCCUCGUUUGCGUCAGUUGCGUGUAAACAAUUCAUAUUGUCAGCUCAUCAGAGAUCUCAGUAAACAAGCAGUUCAUUGUCAUGCCCCAUAUCAUAAAUCAAAAGAAUAUCGAGCAGAUUUCAAGGCCAUCAAUGGACUCAAAUAUCUCUACACGUCAUCAAACAUCAUAUCUGCGUUUCAACUAAGGAAUAAAUAUGGCCCGUACGAUGCCGGUGGUUUUAUAUACCAGUUUCAACAAACAAAAGUGAUGAAUUUCAUAAACAUGCAUAUUCUAAAGAAAGGUGGAUGGCUCAAUGUCGAUACUCGAGCAGUUCUUCUCGAAUUCAUAUAUUUCAAUCCAAAUACAGAGUUAUUCACUUCAAUCAAUAUUCUUUUCGAGUUUCUCACCACUGGUCUGAUCGAAACGAAAGAUUUCUUCUACACUAUACCCAUCAGCAGUUAUUUCAUUGGACGGAAAUCAUGGCUAGGUGUCUUUCAAAUCUUAUUCCUUCUAUACUACUUUCUCUUUACAUUUUAUUAUGUUGGCAGUAUUGCUAGAUAUCGCCUAUGGUUCGUCGUCUCUUCGUAUUGGAAUGUAUACGAUCUUGCUCUUCUGAUUCUUUCGACCAUAUUGAUUGCUUUUGAUAUUCGAUAUUUACUCAAUAUUGCAAGCGUUUUGACAUGUUUAUCGAAACCAAAAGAUGACGUUUACAAAGAAUUAGUUCCAUUUUUUGAAAUACAGCGAAAUCGCUUGGAUUUGCAAGCAUAUCUAACAGCACUGAUUCUCGUACGUUUACUUCGGUUCCUACCACACUUUUCACAUUUGAUUGCCAACUUACUCAAUGUCUUUUAUAAAUCGAUUCGCAAUUCCAUCGGUUUUCUUCUCUUGUUCUUCAUCAUUUUCAUGUCCUUCGUCGUCUUUGCAACGUUUUAUUAUGGCGAUGAAUUGUACGAAUUUCACACAUUUACACUAGCUGCGUAUACGCUCGUUCGGUGUACUCUAGGCCAAUUUGAAUACGAUCGUGCGUAUCGUGUUUCUCCAACUUGGACUCCCAUCUUCUACAUGUUAUAUGUCUGCGUCGUCUUUUUUGUCUUAAUCAAUCUGUUCAUCGCAGUUAUCAACGAGACUUAUGUAUUGGGAAAACAAGAACAAAAGCAAAUCGAAGAUGAUAUUCAGGAAGAAUAUACUGGAAGGAAAAAAGGUCAACGAUUAAAUACUUUUCGUCGGUCGAAACGACCAGUUCUUCAAUUCGAAGUAAUUCAAAUAAUUAAUCAUCUUCUGAAACUGUUCUUCAAUAAAUCGAUUGAUCUGAAUGAUGCGCAGGCUAAUGACGAUGUUGACGACGAUGAUAAUGAUGAUAACGAGAGCAUGUCUUUAGAAGAAAAGCAAACAAUUAUUACGGAGAAACUACGAAAAAAUCUUCUGAAAGAAGGGUAUGGACAAGAUGUAAUUGAAGAGUUCUUUCAACGAGUGUUAGGCGAGAACGACGAGGAGGAUGGAGAUGAUAAUGAUGAUUUUUCUAUAUUAAAAAUGGAAGAGAAUCAAGCUAUCAAAGUUUUUUAUGAUGAAUUCAAAAUAUUUAAUGAUCAAUAUGAAAAAUUAGCACAGGAUUGGCGAAAAACAGCGACAACCGCACGAGAAUUAAUUCUCGCCGAUUCAAUCGAUGUUGAACAAGCAAUUUUAAUGAGAAAUCAUUUGAAUAAUCUUGAUCAACGUUUCGAAAACUUGAAAACUAUCAUUCCGAACGUACUGAAGAGUAUUGUUGAUUUUUAUGUGAAUCGUUUAUCAACAAAUCAAAUAAAUAAAAAGGAAAAUUAA